AUGGCUCAGCCGAGACCACCUUCGUGGCCCUUGAACAAGGCGACCGAGCCCAACGCCCCCCACGUUCCUUGGUCUAACAUCACAUACUCGCCGGCUUAUUUGGAGAAGAUCCGGCUGGUGUGCCACAGUCAGAAGGAGUUGAAAAAGGCGGGCUAUGUUCUCCAACCUCUCGACUCAGCUCAGAUCACAUCCAAGGCUAGAUGUACGAAGUGUGGAAAACGACGGAAUCGUCGAGCACGACCCAAGCCUGUCAGGACUGAUGCCGGCAGCAAAAACAAGGCACAAACGGAUUUGAUGAGUGUCGACACCGAAAACGCAAUGGAUGAGGAGGCUCCGAGCAGAUCCACCACGACAUCCAGCAAGAAAGUCUUCGGCCCUUGCUCAUACCAUCCAGGUUCCGUCAGAAACAAGGCUUAUUCGUGCUGCGGCCGACACGUCUCAGCGGAGGGCUGCGUCGAAGACCCCGAGCACAGCAUGCCUCCGCAAGAUGAUGCUCGGCUUCAUGAGCACUGGAAAUACCAUCAUACGCCGUCUAUCCCUGCCCAAGUCGCCUCUGCUACCAGUACUGCUACUCCUUCUACUCCCCCUGUCGGGUCUCGCAGAGGUGGCCACAGGAGGGGUGGUCGACAAAGAGGGCAGCCUUUCAUCGCCGACGAUUCAACACGCAGCCACACCCACAGCCACAACCAUAACCACCAACAACAGCAACACAAAAUUCCCCGUUCUCUCCACGCCAUCGCACUCGACUGCGAAAUGGGCACCUCCGCCGCGGGGGACCCGGAGCUCAUCCGGCUGACCGUGGUGGACUUCUUCAGCGGCGCGGUGCUGAUCGACAACCUAGUUUCGCCGUCGGUGCCCAUGGCGCACUACAAUACACGGUACUCUGGCGUGACGGCACGGGAUAUGCGGCAGGCCCUCGCUCGGGGCACAGCGAUUCUGGGCUGCGACCGCGCGCGCGAAGCUCUCUUCCGCCAUUGCGCCGUGGGACCCGACACGGUCGUCGUCGUGCACGGCGGCGCCAGCGACUUCACCGCCCUGCGCUGGAUCCACCCGCUCGUCGUCGACACCUGCAUCCUCGAGACAUACACGUACUCGGGUGUCGGUAGCACCAAAACGCCCGGCGGCCGCAGCCUGCAGAACCUGUGCAAGCUGAAGCUGGGCAUCGCCGUGCAGGUCGGAAAGCGCGGUCACGAUAGCUACGAGGACGCCAUGGCCACGCGAGAGCUGCUCGUGCACUGGGCCAAGGGCAUUCCUGACGUUUAA